ACUGCAGUGUUGCAUUGUGGGUGUCAGUUUGUAGAUUUCGAGUCAACAUGGCUUCAGUGUUGUGUAAAUCGUUGAGGUUCCUCGCUUUGAACUCGCAACGUCUCCGUUUACGUUGUCCUUCCGUGGCAAGGACUAUUUCUACGGCCACCAUAUCAGGGCAGAGAUGCAUCACUUCUUCGUUCCCACACACGCAAGCUGUUACGACAACAUCAACAACCAAGACUUCAUGUCCAUCCCAACAAAUUAAUCCAGCCAGGUUCUAUGGGCAUCGACCUACACUUUCACUGGACAACGUUCAGAAGAGGGUUAUCCUUGUACUCAACCUCUAUGACAAAAUUGACCCUAACAAGUUGACUCUGGAUUCCCAUUUUAUAAACGAUCUUGGAUUGGACAGCCUUGACACAGUAGAGGUCAUCAUGGCCAUGGAAGAUGAAUUUGGUUUUGAGAUUCCAGAUGCGGAUGCUGACCGAUUAUUUCGACCUCGUGAUAUUAUACAAUAUAUUGCUGAUAAAGAUGAUAUUUAUGAAUGACGAUACGAUACGAUAGAGUCAGUAAGUCUUUCUUGUGGUAUAUUGUUUUAGCUGAGGUGAAAAACAAUGUUGGAUGGGCCGAUGAAGACGAACCUUUAUUGUUGCCAUGGAGUCCGUUUUUUUUUUGUUUGUUUUGUGUAAUAAAUGAGAAACAUUUUAGAUAAUAAAUACAUAGUUUAAAAAAAUA